AUGCCGCGCAACACCAAAAGAAUCAGAGAAGCUCCCCGCGCUCGGGGUAAGCCAGCUCCACCCCGCAAGGGCCCUGCCCCCAAGCCCCAGGGCAGCAAUGCACCCAAGAAGGGACCCCUACAAGCAAACCAGAGACCAAUUGUACCAUUCUUGCGCAAAGAUCGAAUCCUCCUAAUUGGCGAAGGCGAUUUUUCAUUUGCUCGCGCACUGGCAACACAAUACAAAUGCCCCAAUAUCUGCGCAACAAGCUACGACUCCAAGGAGACACUCUUCAGCAAAUAUCCACAAGCCGAGGAAAACGUGGAAACCGUUCUUUCAAAGCCUGAUCCUAGUGAUAGCGACAGUGAGAAAGAAAGUCAAUCCAAAGUACUCUUCUCCGUCGAUGCACGCAAAUUAGGCACUCAAACCGGCGGAGGCAAAGAGCUUGUUCGUGGCUUUGACCGUCGUGAGCGCAGACGGCCAGCGUGGUUCACUCCCUCGACUCCGGAUCCGCCUUAUCAGAGUGCCGGAGCAUGGGAUGUGAUCUGCUUUAAUUUCCCGCAUGUUGGGGGAUUGUCGACGGAUGUGAAUCGACAGGUGCGGGCUAAUCAGGAGCUACUGGUUGCGUUCUUCAAGGCUUGUGUUCCUCUUUUGUCGAAGCCGCCUCCUUUGGUUGAUGCUGAUGAGGGGGAGUAUGAGUAUGAGGAUGGAGAAGGGAGUGAUGUUGAGGACGAGGAUGAGGAAGAGAAUGAUGAUGCGACUACUGGGAAGGGGGUGAGGACUGGACCGGGUCAGAUCCUUGUUACGUUGUUUGAAGGCGAGCCUUAUACGCUUUGGAACAUCAAGGACUUGGCUAGACAUGCGGGAUUGGUUGUGGUGACUAGUUUCAAGUUCCCGUGGAGUUCUUAUGAGGGUUAUUCGCAUGCGCGGACGGUGGGGCAUAUUGAAAACAAGGAUGGGGAGAGGGGUGGGUGGAAGGGAGAGGAUCGCGAGGCGAGAAUGUAUGUGUUUGAGGUGAAGCCGAAGGAGAAGAAGAAGGGGAAGAAGAGAAGUAGGGAGGAUUCUAGUGAUAGCGAGUAG